AUGAAGUCCAUAGCGAGCAAAGCGCGCCGCUCAGCCGCUCACGGUCUGAGAGGAGCGACCGCCUCUCGACCUCCCAUCCCCCUCGCGCCUGCCUCGGCGGCUGUCCUGGCGCGUCAGCACCCUGCUCAGCAGCAGAUACAGGUGCAGAGCGGGCGAUGUAUCUCGAGCUCAGGCCGUGUGCGUCAGGCAGGGUCGGUCUUACCCCAAGCUACGACGGGUGUACUGGGGGAUGGAGCUGUCAAUUACGUGCCUAUCCCGGAGGGACAGCGGAGCUUCAAGAAGAUCCUCAUUGCGAAUAGAGGGGAGAUCGCCUGCCGAAUCAUCAGGACGGCAAGGAGGCUAGGUAUCUCCACCGUCGCGGUCUACUCUGAGGCCGACAAGGACUGUAUGCACGUUGCCAUGGCAGACGAGGCGUACUGUAUUGGUCCAGCAGCAUCCUCCGAGAGCUACCUGAAGAUCGACAAAGUGCUAGAAGUCGCGAAGAUGAGCGGUGCAGAGGCAAUACAUCCAGGCUACGGCUUCCUGUCCGAAUCGAUGGUGUUUGCGCAGCGGGUCCAAGAGGCUGGCUUUGCGUUCAUUGGACCUCCGCCAGAGGCUAUAAGGAGUAUGGGAAGUAAGCGAGAAAGCAAGGAGAUCAUGCUCGCUGCUGGUGUCCCCUGUGUCCCUGGAUACCACGGCGCCGCCCAAGACACGCCCACACUCCUCGCUGCCGCCCACAAAAUCGGCCUCCCCAUUCUCAUCAAGCCCACGCAUGGCGGUGGGGGCAAGGGCAUGCGGAUAGUACAUGAUAUGGCCAAUUUUGAGGAGGAAGUCCUUUCUGCCAAGCGGGAGGCCGUUAAGAGCUUCGGGAAUGACGAGUUGCUACUGGAGCGUUAUCUCGUCCGACCAAGGCAUGUCGAGGUUCAGGUGUUUGCGGACCAGCAAGGCGGGUGUGUGGGGCUGUGGGAGCGGGAUUGUUCGGUCCAGCGGAGGCAUCAGAAAAUCAUCGAGGAAGCUCCUGCACCUGGAUUGAGCCCCGAGCUGAAGCGUGACUUUGCGCAAAAGGCCGUUGCUGCUGCCAAGGCGGUCAACUAUGUCGGAGCGGGCACGGUCGAAUUCAUCAUGGACGCCGAGACGGACGAGUACUUCUUCAUGGAAAUGAAUACCCGAUUGCAGGUGGAGCACCCAGUGACGGAGAUGGUGACCGGUAUCGACCUCGUCGAGUGGCAGCUCUCCGUAGCAGCCGGCAACCCGCUGCCAAUGACGCAGGAUCAGGUACCUUGCAUUGGACACGCAUUCGAAGCGAGGAUUUACGCCGAGAAGCCUGAAGCCAACUUCCUUCCCGACGCCGGACGCAUCCUCCAUAUCCGCCCGCCCACCGACGCACCACACCGCCUCGAAACGGGGUUCCAAGAAGGAGACGAGGUGUCGUCCUACUACGACCCGAUGAUCUCCAAGUUGAUCGUUCAUGGCAAGGACAGGGCCGAGGCGCUGAGUCUGCUCCAGCGGGCGCUGGGGCAGUAUCAGGUGGUGGGACCGAGUACGAAUAUCGAGUUUUUGAAGGCCGUGGCGGGGCAUCCUGAUUUCCAGGCUGGAGCGGUAGAGACGAACUUUAUCCCGCAAAACCACGACGAGCUGUUCAAGGUUGAGCCAAUACCGUCCAACGUCCUCGCUCAGGCUGCGCUCUUCCUCUCACUUCGCGAAACCCAACAAAGCGCCGGCGUCGGCGGGACAUGGGCUACCUUGUCCUUCAAGCGGUUCGGAGACGUCAGCGAGCGGGUCUACCACUUUGACGAGCACGAAGUGCGGAUUCGGCACCUCGCGACCGGCAUCGAGGUCGUCGUGGACGGACAGUCAGAACAGGUCAAUCCCACGCUCAUCAGCGAUACUGAGCUCAUUACGCAAUUCGCCACCUCGCGGACCAGCGCAACAGUCAUCCCCGUCGGACUCCGAUUACAUCUCUUCACUUCAGGUAAACACUACCAGUUACAACAAUCUCCGUCCGAGGUCGACGCCGACGCCUCUGCGUCGGGCCAGUCGUCCGACAACCUGACGUCGCCGAUGCCGGCGCGGGUGCUCGAGGUGCGGGUCAAGGAGGGAGAGGCGGUGACGAGCGGGCAGGUGGUGUGCGUGCUCGAGAGUAUGAAGAUGGAGAUCAACGUCCGGGCGGGACGUGAUGGUGUGGUCGGGAAGGUGGGGGCCGAGAAGGGGAUGGUGGUGGAGGAGGGGCAAGUAUUGGUAGUUCUGGCAAAGGAGUAA